UAACAACUGGGAUAACUUUAUAUAUAUAUAUCUAGGUGAGCAUGUCUGUAAACACUGGAUAAUGAGUAUAUAUCAUAAAAGAUAAGUGAUCAGGUAAAUAAUGGAACUGGAAUUUCUAGAAAAUUUCACUUGACCUAAUUCUUUAUUUUUUUUAAAAAAAAAUAAGCUCAUAAUAUAAAUUAUCAAAAGUAAUUAUUUAUUUCCCUUAAUAUCUUCAUUCAUUCAUUUAUUCCAUUAGUAUUCACUUAUUUCAAUCAUUCUGAAUAAAUUUAGUUGUCAAUGCUUAUUUUAUCAAUUAAGAUCAUACAGUAGAAUAUAUAUUAAUCCUUAUUAUUGAUUCGAUCCAUUCAAUAUUCACUUUGUUGAAAGUAUUCAGAGAAAUUAUACUGAAAUUACAUAUACUACUUAUAUUAGUUAUAUUCUGGAAUUAUAUUUAUAUAUAUGUAUGGUUUAUAUUAAAAUUAUGAAAUGGUGUAUAUUUUACAAGGUAUAUUAAAUUUUCCAAAUAAUCAAAAAUCUCAAACUCUUUGUUCAUUUCAAAUUCCUAAUGGUAAUACAAAUAUUCCAUCAUGGUCAACGCAUACAUUAGGUAUACAACAGCCUAAUCUUAAUAAUUUAACUAAUCCAUGUAUUAUAAAUUAUUUAAAUGGAAUAAAUACAUCUAAUACAAUUAAUGAUACAAUUGAUCCAUUAAUAUUACAUGAACAAUGGUCUAGAAAUACAAAUAUUGAAUUUAAUCAAGGAACAAUAUCACCAGUAUGGAAUGGAGAUUAUCAUUCUGUUGGAAAUACUAUUCCAAUUUUAUUAGAAAUGCCUACAAGUAUAAAAGGUGAAAAUCGCUCAUCUGAAUCUGAUCAUUCUCAACACUCCAAUGGCUCAAAAACUAAUCAUGGUACUACUGAUAAUGUUACAAGUACAACUCGGAGUUUAUGUGAGGAUGAUUCAUUUCAUAUAUUCGUUGGUGAUCUAGCUCCAGAAGUGCAAGAUGAAACUUUGUUGGCAGCAUUUUCCAACUUCGGAACAAUUACAGAAUGUAAAAUCAUCAAGGAUAUGCAUACACAGAAGCCGAAAGGAUAUGGAUUUGUGGCCUAUGCAACAAGACAAGAAGCUGAACGUGCUAUCCGUAUCAUGAACGGUCAAAUUAUUGGAACAAGAGCAAUAAGAACAAACUGGGCAGUACGUAAAGAUCCAGCAGAUCAAGCUAAAGAUCAUCGUCCAUUAAAUUACUUAGAAGUAUUUAAUGCAUCAUCUGCUGCAAAUACAACAAUUUAUGUUGGUGGUAUAACUAAUGAAUUAACUGAAAAACUUCUUCAAGAUUCAUUUAAACAAUUUGGUGAAAUAAAAGAAAUUAGGAUAUUUAAGAAUAAAGGUUUUUCAUUUAUCAGAUUCGAUUCACAUGUGGCUGCUACUCAAGCAAUUGUUACAAUGCAUGGUAAAAUUGUCGGUGAUCAAGCCUGUAAAUGUUCAUGGGGUAAAGAACCAACCUUUAGCAAUAAACAAGGAUUAGCAAAGCGUCUAUCAUCUGCUAUGUUUGUUCCUACUCUAAAUCAUAAUAUGAAUGAUGACCGAAAUGGAAUUCUGUUGAAACCUCAAGGUUCUUGGCUUACAUCUCCAUCAAGACAAAAUAAUUUGAUACUAGACUUACCAGCGAAGAAAUAUAUAUCUGAAGAAUUACAUCCAGUUAGUAUAAGUUGUAUAACACCAACAGAUAAAACUCAAGUAAUAAAUAGUGGACAACAUAUAUCAAUGAGGAAUGUUUUACAAGAUGCUAACAAGUUGAACGGUCCCGUUGUCACUCCAACAGCAAACAAUCCUUUAUGGCCUUAUACAUGCUGGUUCGCUGGAACUCCAAAUCAAGAUACUCCAAUACCUGCAUUACUACUUGAUAAUGUUACAAGGGGAACGCUGACUAAUCAAACUGUAAUCCCUUUUGUACCGCCAACGGAUAACAAUCCACUCCUUUUAAGUUUAUCGGCUAUAGAAUUGGCUAAAAAUUACCAAUCAGAGAAACCUGAGAUUAACAUCACAAAUGCUCAAUUCUCUGAUAGUCAAGCUAAUUUUUCAAAUAUUGGAGGAAUUCAAAAUGCAUUAAUAAAUCAUAAAACUCCUGUAUAUCAAAGUAUUAAUAACAGCAAUAAUAAUAAUAAUAACGGUACUUCACCAUGUGAUAUACAACAACACAUGUUAAAUUUAAAAAAUAUAACCAUUCCAAAUUUGGAUCUGACUAAUUAUUCAGCAUUAUCUAAUAUUCCAUUGAUUACAUUUUCAGCAUAUCCAUUCAAUUCUACAAAUAUUCCACCAUUUAUUCAUACAACAAAUCCUAAUGUAUCUGGUACUAUUGUGAAUACAACAAAUAAUAAUGAAAUUGAUAAAAAUUCAAUACAUCAAUCUGCUCAAUUAUCCAAUUUUGGACAAUAUACUGUAUAUAAUACAACAACAGGUUAAAUCAAUCAAUCAAUCAUCAUUAUCAUCAUUAUCUUCAUGAUCUUCAUUAUCAUCAUUAUGAUUAUCUUCAUCAACGUUAUCAAUACUAUGAUGGAGAUUAUAUAUGAACAAUUUUGAAAUAAAAUUAUAGUUUAGUUAAUUCUUAUUAAAUCUAUUAUCAUUACAAAUUAUUGAUUAUUAUCAUUAUUUUUUACUUUUAUUCAAUUGAUUGUUAAAUUACAAUUACAGAGUAAAUAAAUCAACAAAAUAAAAAAAAAUAAAAAUUAUUACAUGAUGAACUACGCCCCCCCCUUUUUUUUAAAAAAAAGAGAAAAAGUAAAAUAAACAAUUCACUUAGAAUUGAAUUUAUUUACCAUAUAGCAACAACUUCAAUCUUAUUUCUUUACACAUUACAAAUCAAUAUUUUUAUUGUGAUUGUGUUUAUUCAAUUAUGGUUUUUUUGUUUUGUUUUACUGAAACGAAAGUUACCGAUUAUUAUUGACUAAAGUAAAUUGAUUACGUUUAUCUUAACUGUACACAUCAUAUACAAUAAUUAUAAAAUGCAAUUGUAUUUUACAUCCUCUCAACAUGAUCCAUAUGAUACACAUAUGAUUCUUAAGGAGAAAAAAAAUUAAAUGAUGGUUUGUUUGUUUGUUUGUUUUU